AAGGUUAUUCGCAUGUUAAAGUACAUUUCGUCGUAAACAACAAGUCUUGGGAACUGACUCCGAAUCAGGUGUGGCAAACUACUCAAUUAUUUGCUAUUUUCGAAUCGAAAUCACCUAAAUCACGCUGUCUUGCAGGGAAGCUGCUCAUCACAAUGGACCUGCUCAGAUGACAUCACGAUGACAUCACAAUGACAUCAUAGCUAGACGUCUACCAGCCAUGGUGGAGUUGAAAGUAUGGGUGGACGGGGUCCCGCGGGUGGUGUGCGGGAUCACCGAACUCACGACCUGCCAGGAAGUCGUCGUUGCUCUGGCCCAGUCAACGGGUCAGGUCGGACGCUUCAACCUGAUGGAGAAAUCACCAAAGAUGGAGCGUAUCCUGCACCCCAAGGAGAGUCCAUACCGUGCCUUAGAAAAAUGGGGUCCCAUGUCGAAGAAUGUCCGCUACUUCCUCAGGCGGAAGGGAACAACACCGUAUAGUCGGACACCACACAGCAGCAGGCCGUCUUCCGUGACGAGCCUGAACCUUUCGAGUCCCGAUGAUCGCUUCUUAGCGGAUUUCGGAGUGGAUGGUGAGGAUGAGGAUUUGAGAGCGGCCGCGUAUCAGGCGUCGAUGUACGGCAGCGGGAAGCAGGGUGCGCUGCAGAGACUUGAGCUAGAGAGACAUACUCAGCUGAUGAAGGAGGAGGAAGAACGUCGGAUCCAGAAGAUGGAGAGAACAAAAGACUUUCAGAGAGAUCAGGCCGUUGAGAAAAUCAAGGAGAUUGAAAGGGAGAGAUUUAUAGACCAAAGGAGAGAGAUGGAACGACAGCAUGCGUUAGCGAUCGAGAAGGAACAACAGAGGAAGAGGGAGAGAUGGAAGGAGGAAGCACAGGCUAGAGAGGCGGAAGAGGCGGCAAAGAUAAAGAAAAUUGAACUUUUGAAAGAACAAGAGAAACAAAAAGAACUUGAACAGCAGAGGCAGCAGUACCUGAAAGAACAGGAAGAAAAGGAACGUAAAAUUCGAGAGUUGGAAGAGAUGGUGCGAGAGAAGGAACGGCAGAAGGAAGACGAGAAGAAGAAUGAACUGGAGAGAUUGCAGGAGAAGCAGAGGGAAGAGCAGAGGAUUAAGGAGGAAGAGAUAGCGAGAUUGAAAGAAGAGGCAAAGAAGAAGGAAUUGGCACGUAAGAAAGAAGAGGAGAGAAGGAUAGAGACUGAAUUGAAAAAGGAAGCGGAAAGGAUAGCGGCCGUGCAGCGAGAGCGGGAAUGGCAAGCAGAGAGGGAUAGGUUACAGAGGGAAGCCAAGGAAUUCGAAGAACAGAAGAAGAGGGAGGAGAUCAAGAGAAAGAUUCUUGAAAAGCAACGAGAGGAGGACCAGCUUCGAGAAGCGGAGAAGGAAGAGGAACGGCAACUGGAAAUUGAAAGGGUCCAGAGAGAGGCAGAAGAAAGGGAAGAAGAGCGGAUAGCGGAGAUGGAAGUGGCACGUCAGAUUGAAAUACAGAAGCAGAGGGAAAUCGCAAGAGAGAAGAAGCUGAUCGAGGAGGAAUUGCGGAAAAAGGAAAUUGAACAUCAAAAAGCCCUUCAGAGGCAAAAAGAUGAAGAACUCAAAAGAGAGAAACUGAGGCUCCAGGAAAUGGAAUGGGAGAAAGUCAGGAUAGCUGAGAGGGAGCGACAGAACGAACAACAGCGACGAAAGGAAGAGCGAGAAAAGGAACAGCAGAAGCAGGAAGAGAUAGCAAAGGAGAAAAAGAGAAUCGAAGAGGAAGUUAAGCAGAGAGAGGGUGAAAAGCUUAAGGAAUUGGAGCUUCAGAAAGCGAAGCUGGCGGAAAUUGCGAAGAGGACGGAGGAGGAGCGACAGAAGGAGAUCGAGAGACAGAAGGAAUUGGAGAAGCUGCGGGCAGAGGAGGCAGAAAAGAAAGAAAAGGCAAGGAGGGAGCGAAUCGAGAUGGAGAAGGUCAAAAUCCUGGAGGCCAGAAGACAGAAAGAAGCUGCCAGGAAAAAGGACGAAGAUCAAAAACGACAGAAGGAGAAGGAAAAAAUCAACGAGCUGAACCAGAUCGUCAGCGUUCAGCAGGAGCUCACCAGCAUCGAGGAUGCUAUCCUAUCCCUCCAGAUGUUUGAGAUGGAUCCCGAGCUUGAUCAAAUUGAGGAUAAGAUCAUCGAGUUCGAGCAGGCCAUUAAGAAGAACAAGAGCGCCCUCAAGGAGAUGGAAUUCUGGGAGAAUGAGCUGGAGAUUGAGCUACAGCUGUGUGACAGACUCAAUAAGGAGGUGAAAGCACUGAAAGCGAAGGUAGAAGAAUGCCAGAGACAGACGGAGGAAAAGCAGGUGGAGAUCCGGAGGAUCGACGAGAGGAUGCGGAACGAAGAGGAGAAGAUACAAAAGGAAGGGGACGAGCAAGCAAAGAAAGACCUUCUUGCAAUCCAGGUCCAGCUGACAGUCUUUGACAAGGAGCUGGAAGAAUACGCAGAGAGCCUUCGAGGGGUCAACAAGGAGAUCCAAGAGGUGGAGCGGCUCCUGGAGAAGAAGGAGAAAGAGAUCAAGAAGUUGGAGGGAGACGUGGAGAAGGCGGACAGGGAGAUCGAGGAAGAAGAGCGUCGGAGGCAGGAGGAAGAAGAGGAAGAAAGGAAGAGAGUCGAAGAAGAAGAGAGGUAUAAAGAGCUAGAGGAAGAAAGGAGGAAAGAAGAGGCAGAGAGGAAAAGAGUCGAAGAAGAGAGGAGGAGAGCGGCAGCGGAGAGAAGGAGAGCCGUAGAAGAGAGGAAGAAAGCGGAAGAAGAGAGCAGAAGAGCGGAAGAAGAGAGAAAACAAGCAGAGGAAGAAAGGAUAAGAGUUGAAGAGGAGAGACGGCGGGCGGAAGAACAACAAAGGAAGACAGAAGAAGAGAGGAGGAAGUUGGAAGAGGAGAAAAGAAUGGAGGAAGAGCGAAAGAAGGAAGAAAUGAAGAGGGCGGAAGAAGAGAGAAAGCGAGCGGAGAAGGAGGAUAAGAGGAAGGAAGAGGAGAACAAGGUAGCGGAAGAGAAGGAUAUUCAGAAGGAGAAAGAGGAUCAGCAGAAAGAUGGAGAGAAGAAGAAACCAGCUCUGCUGCCCAAACAAGGAGAACUGAUCAACAAUCCAACUCCAGGAAACGCUCCUCCCCGGAAGAUGCUAAGAAGUCCCAGAGAUCUCUUCAAACAAGCUCCAAGCUCGGAUAACCCGGAAGGCGUCUUCGUUUAAACACCCCUGCGUAAUAAUGGGAUGAUCCACCUGAUUAGAUAACCCUCUAGGCGUAUUU